GCCGAGGUCUUCUGCCAUCUGGGAUGGCGUUGAUCAGAUGUGUCAUUGCACGCAUACAACGCAGAUUUGCAAGUUGCUCUUUCACUCGUGCUCGAAAGCUAGCUCGAUCGUGACGGUGCCGUAGCGUUGAAGAAGCGAGACGGCGAAGACAGCAGCGGUGCCUCGUUCGUCCCGAGUUUCACCAGAGAUACCUUCUCUAAGCGUUGGUGUUUGAAAGAAGGCAGAUAGCAAGCGGUGCAACGUGACAAGCAAGAAGAACCGGCACUGGAUGAAGCGCACGACAGGGGCGUUGUUCGCGUUCGCUGUGGCGGUGGCGGCUUAUCAAGAUUGCAGUAAAUACCGGAUAACGAUCACAGCGUUGGACAACAGCACAUGUAUUCCGAAUUACUACAGGGGAAAAUUUGAUGGUUUAGACUUGAUUCCUAUACCCGGCCAAAAGUGCACGUCCACGGUGGAAGUUAUGCGGAAUUGCAACUGCGAAAACCGCGGCCUCAUGCCGGCCGCGCGAUAUUGCAUCUACAACAUCACGAGAACAGAAGACGACAACACAGCAAGCAUUACUCUCGGAUUGUGCGCUUAUGGAAAGUGCCGAGUUGAUGACUUCAGUACCAACUUCGAAGUGGAUUUGAGGAACUUGCAACUCGCUCAUAUAUUGAAGGAGUUUCCGAGGCCUCCUUGCAUCGCUGUUAACAUGAGCGUCACCCCACAGCUGACUGCAGUGGCUGGAUGCGAAUUCUUUUGCUACAAACGGCAGAACAAAGACAUCAAUGACGGACGGCCUUGCGUGUUAGAAUGGUACGAAAAACGCUUAACGGGUGAACCAGUUGUCACGCUGACGGGGUCAUGCUGGGACGGAAUCUGCAGGCCUGCAGAACCAUCUUCAAGUCGUCUAGUAGACGCAUGCCAUGAUUAUGAGCGCUACAAGAGCAACUCUAAAGUUGUUAAAGAAUGCACGUACAAGUGUCUUGAAAAUCAUACAAAUCAAGUGAAUCGCCCAUACGGACUCACGUGUCUGUUUCAGAAAACGAAUUUAUUGAGUAGAGAUGUGGUAGGCGUCUGCAAUGCAGGUGCUUGCUCCCAAGUUCGUCAAGUCGACGGAUGCGAUGUGAUAUACUACCCACGCAGGAGACAAUCACCGAUUGGAGUCGUUAAGCAAUGUGUAUGUUCAACAAGAGCAGUUACAACGACGUUGGUUGAUGGAAUACUGUGUGCGUUUAGACGGGCCGUAAGCUGGACCGGCAUGAAGCUGCUGGAAGUCGGAGUGUGCACAAAAGGCCAAUGUGUAGCCCGACGUAAGACCUGCUUUCAUGCUUUCCCGCCUGACCGACCAGUACCAUACCAGUUUCAGAAGAAAGAGUGCAAAAUAGGCAACGUGCAAGUUUCUGCGGAGCUUAUUGUGGGAGCUUCUUGUACGGCUACGUGCAGGCGUUUUGAGACAGAACAUCGUCGCAAUGGUACACUAUGCCUCCUGCAAUACACGCGCGAGGAAAAGCUGGUAGGACCAGCGAAGAAGACGUACACUAUCGGCGAGUGCUUUUCUGGGAAAUGCCUCAGAACCAAAAACAGUUGGGACAUUAAACUAUAAUUUUUACCUUUUU